GUCCCGGAGGGGUGUGUCGGAUCUCCCGACACACCGGUUGCUGAUCACUCAUCUGCUCGGAUGUUGAAGAGGAGCUGACCGACACUCAUUCAACGCCUGAGUGUUAACCUGCAAUGGUGCCGCUCUGGAAACGUGGAGUUCCCUUCCGAGAACUUGUCCCGCUUGUUCUUACCUGUCCGCCCUCCGCCGCAGCCUUCUCCCUCUGGACCCCUGGAACCUCAAAGGACCCACUCGAAGACCUACCCGAUCCUACGGCCCGGAACCCUUCCCCCAGCUCGUAAUCCACCUCGCCACAAUGUGUCAUUCAGACUGCGAGCCGUUCCCUGGGAGACGCUUCCCCGCCCGCGAUACAUUUCUCUGAUUUCUUUGUAAAUAAACCUUUAACGGAACAUCUAUUCUCCUGUCGUGUUCUGCAUGUGGGUUAGGAAAGUUGAGCCAAACAUGACAGAACACUCAGGCCAAAAUCCUAGCCCAGCGGACGCGAUAAGGAAGACUUUAUCUGAACAACACUCUCUAAUUCAGUCCCACGAGUCCGCCCUGCAGGAGCUGAGUGCUCGCCAAGCUGAAACCAAUCGCCGCUUGGAUGAGUUAACCACAUUUCUACGGAAUUCUCUUCCGCAACCCCCGGCACCAGAACCAGUCGCUACUCCGGAUCCAGUUCCACCGGCCAGAACCACGUUUUCUGAGAUCCGCCCGCCGACUCCUGAAAGGUUUUCUGGAGAUCACAACAAAUGUCCUCCCACGAGGCAAUCUGAACCAGCAGCCUCACUAGAUCUGUCUACAAUUCCCUCAGAGUACCAUGACCUGGCACCAGUUUUCAGUAAAACCAAGGCCCUUUCACUUCCGCCUCACCGUCCAUAUGACUGCGCCAUCGAUCUCCUACCCGGAGCACCCCUUCCAUCCAGCCGUCUCUAUAACAUCUCCCGACCUGAGCGGGAGACUAUGGAGAAGUAUAUUAAGGAGUCGUUGGCUGCAGAGCCUCUUGGAACACCGUCGCCAUGUCCGUCUCGUCCUCCAGCGGCUCCUGGAAAACAGACUGUUUGUGAAGGCAGAGAAAUGAAUAAAUCCUCCCACCGACCUCCCUCGGGCCUCCUCCAACCUUUACCCGUCCCCAAGCGCCCAUGGUCGCACAUUGCGAUUGAUUUUGUCACUGGCCUUCCCUCUUCUAAAGUGGAGAUUUUGUCUGACCGAGGACCCCAGUUUACGUCACAGGUAUGGAAAGGUUUCUGUUCAGCGCUUGACGCAAGAGUAGCGCUGACAUCUGGGUUCCACCCACAGACCAAUGGCCAGACUGAGCGUAUGAAUCAAGAACUGGAAUCCUCUCUCCGUUGCCUCACAUCCACCAACCCUGCUGACUGGAGCAUUUUUCUCCCAUGGGUGGAGUAUGCUCAUAAUUGUCAUGUUUCUGCAGCCACAGGUCGGUCCCCCUUCGAAGCCUCUAUAGGGUAUCAGCCACCGCUGUUUGCGACUGAAGAGGUCGACAUUGCCGUUACAUCGGUGCAACACCACAUCCGCCGUUGUCACAAGAUCUGGAGGGAGACGGUUCACGCACUCAACCGCACAGCUGGCCAAAACAAGAGGCUGGCUGACCGCAGGAGGAUCCCCGCUCCUGAUUACACCCCGGGCCAGAAGGUAUGGUUGUCGACACAAGAUAUACCGCUAAAAUCUAUGUCCAAGAAACUGUCUCCCAAGUUCAUAGGUCCUUUCGAAAUUCAGUCUGUUAUUAACCCUACUGCAGUCCGCCUGCGCCUCCCUCCCUCCCUGCGCAUUCACCCCACGUUCCAUGUUUCUCGAAUCAAACCCGUCCAGACCAGCUCGCUCUGCCCUCCUUCCGAGCCCCCUCCUCCUCCCCGAGAAGUUGAUGGCCAUCCGGCCUACUCCGUCCGCCGGAUCGUGGACUCCCGUCGACGAGGUCGCGGCUGGCGAUACCUCGUUGAUUGGGAGGGCUACGGCCCGGAAGAUCGUUCCUGGGUCCCCGGCUCCUUCAUUUUGGAUCCAUCCCUUAUAAGGGACUACCGUCGUUCGCUUCAAUCCAGCUCUUCUAGGCAUGGUGGCGACCCAUUAAGGGGUUAG